AGGAAACUUCGGAUGUUAUAUUUGUAGCAGGGAUAGAUUAUAAGCGAAAAUUACUACAGGAACGCUCUGGUCAUCCAGUAUACUUAUACCGUUUUGCUUAUCAAUCUGAUGACUCACUACAUAAACAACUUUAUAACAUUGACAUUAAUGGAGCGGCUCACGGAGACGACUUUGCAUAUCUUUUUCAUAUGACUGUUGUUAACCAAUCAACGGAUCCGCAGGAUCCGUCAUUUAUUACGAGAAAAAGAAUGGUUCGUUUAUGGACAAAUUUCGCAAAAUAUGGUAACCCAACGCCGGAGGGUGGAAAUGAUACGUUACUGCAAGGUUUAACGUGGUCUAUUACAAAAAAACACAAUAGCUAUUUAGAAAUUGAGAAAAAUCUCUCAAUUCAGCAAGAUUUUCCAAAGCAUGUAACAACUAACCUUGUUGAAGCAGCAGAUGUAGUAAUAUUACCUCUUCAAACUGGAUGCAUCGGCGAUUUUGCGAAAAAAAUAAUUAACGUGAAACCAUUUACUGACGAAGUUAAGUCAAUUGGAAGCACGAUUAAAAAUACCUCACAAGCAAUAUUUUCUAAAAUACCAAUUAUAGGUUGAAUAUGCUGUGGUUGAUAACAUCACGUACGAAUGGGUACGAAAAAAGCGAAAAUAUUUUUAAUCGCUUAUGCCUCGAAUACAUUUUUUAUGUUUCACGUACGCAUAUAUUUAGUUAGCUCAAAAGUUAUAAAACUGACACUGCUACUUUUAAAAAUACUUAAGUUUUUUUUCCUAUUAGCGUGCACAAAGUUCGAUUUUGCGCAUGCAUUUGCGUUCGCAAAGCACCACUUUCCCACAUGUUGACAAGAGCGUGCGGGAAUGCAACUGAGCGAACGGGGAUGUAGCUGAGCGUGCGGGAAUGUGGUGAGCGUGCGGGAAUGCAUAAGAGUAUACGAGCGAUUCCAAGGUGUAUACGCGCGCGCCAUCUCUGUCACUCUCUUUGCAUUAACACGUGCGAGCGACACUGUCUCCCCGAGCCCGAGCGCUCUCGCUCGCGCCGGUUUGUUUACAUCUUUGUCGUCUGGAAUGGACCUGUCAAAACGUGCGUUCUGUGUGUUGUAUUCUGCCAUUUUCUUAAUACGGACAACAAACGUCAAAGUAUCAGUCGCAUCGCAUCCGCUCUUUAGAAAGAACAAGUAAAGCGAGAGUAAAUAACUAUGAAUAUAGUAAAAAGUGAUACGGAUAGCGAGGGUGAGGAUGUGUCUAAUGAUGUGCCAGCUGAAAUGCUCGCUGCAGCGAAGGAAAUAGCAUUAAAUUCAUUGCCGAACAUUUCCAAACAAAAGUACACAAAAGUGUACAACGAAUUUAAGAAAUGGCGCAGCACAAAGAAGACAACGUCAUUCGCCGAAAAUGUUUUUUUUUUCAUUUUGUAAAUUGUCACGUUACGAUAAAUAUUAAUAAUAAUUCAAAAUAAUAAAUAAAUCAGAUUUUUCUUAAUUUAAUAAAUUUAUAAUAGUUCUAUAAUUUGUUUUAUUUAGCCCCCUGAACCCCCGUCCCAGCGCCCCAACGCCACCGUUCUAUACGUGCCAAUUAUUCAAAAUAAUUGUAGUGGUCGAACUUUGCGCAACUUAAUAGGAAAAAUAGUAUACGAUACUCGUGCGCACGUAGGUCAUCCCGCACUCGCUUCGCUCGUGCGGGAACGACCUACUUUGCCCACUCGUAUCGUAAUGUACUAUUUCUACAAAAAAAAGUUGGCACACCUGCUAGCUGUGGCAAACUUCAGAAAGCUUGCACAUACUUUAAUAACCGUGCGCCUUUUCAAGUUUCAGUUCAGUACAACUGUCGAGUUAUAAUUGCGUGUCCUCUUCUCGAUUUAUGAAUAUCUUGUAAAUGUGCAAUUAAUAUAUUUUAUAAGUUGUAUUGUCAUAUUAAAAUGUAAUAUUGGUUUAAAUUAAUACAAACAUUUUAUAAAUAUUAUUUUGAGAAUUAAUUUUUAUUACGAAAAUGUCAACUGAAUCUCUGUAUAAAAAGGGUUUCAAAGUAUGGAUCCCACAUGUAAACAAAGUUUGGGAGUGGGCAGUGAUUUUGGAGGACUACAAUAUAGAUACAAAGAUUCUUCAUAUUGAAACAGGAUUAGAUCGUGAAAUCAAAAUUUUGAUUAUCAACUCGAAUUCUGAUUUACCACAUUUAUGCAAUUCUGAAGAUUUUUUUAUUGAUGAGAAAAAGAAUUUAGCUUCCUUAAGAAGUGUACACGAAGCAAGUGUUCUUAAUAAUUUACGGUUGCGCUUUGAAAAGGGAUGUGUUUACACUUAUUGUGGCGUUACAGCAGUUUUUAUAAAUCCAUUUCUUAAACCAAUACCACGCGAAGCUGAUAACAUUUUUAAAUAUCGAGGCCAGACAAUUGACGAUCUCAGGCCUCAUAUAUUUGCUCUCGCCGAGAAGAUCUACUGCAGACUCGAAAGGGAAAAUCGUUACCAAUCUUUAAUUUUUACUGGUAAAUCAGGCGCAGGUAAAACAGAAAAUGCUAAAUUGGCUAUUUUAUACCUUGCGACUAUAAGUGCCGAAGUAGACCAAAUGAAAGAUAAAAUUACUGCUUCAUCAACAAUCUUAGAAGCUUUUGGUAAUGCCAAAACAAUCGGUAAUGAUAAUUCCUCCAGAUUUGGGAAAUUCAUGGAAAUGCAAUACGAUGCUAAUUAUCAUAUAGUUGGAGCGUCUAUUAGAAUAUUUCUUCUUGAUAGAUCGAGAGUUGUCAAUCAGAUACAAAACGAACAAAAUUACAAUAUAUUUUAUGAAUUGUGCUCUGUCCAUGAUCGUUUCCCUGAUUUACAUCUGAAUAGACAAGAAUUUUGUUAUCUGAAUACAAAUAAUUCUUCAGAAAUAUAUUCAAAUUAUUCAAAACGAUUCGAUGAUUCAGUUGAAGCUUUUAAAAAAUUUGGCUUUACGGUUCAAGAGCGACGCGAAAUUUUGAAAAUUUUAGCAGCCAUUUUGCAUUUGGGGAAUUUGAAUUUUACGAAAUUUGAAAAUUUGGAGGGGAGCGAAAAUCUAAAAGGUUGUUUUAUCGCGGAAUCCCAUCAGUUAGAAAUUUUAGAGAAGUUACUCAGCUUGAAUCCGCAGUCAGCGCAGGAUAUGAAAAAAUGGAUGUGCCAUAAGAAAAUUUUUUCUAAUGGAAAAACUGAUGCGUGUCCAAUGUCAAUAGAAGAAGCUGUGAAAGCACGCGAUUCACUUGCAAAGUUUAUUUACAGAAAACUUUUUAUUUGGAUAGUGUCGAGAAUCAACUAUUUGUUUUUCUCGUCUUCAAAUUUUCGAUGCUCCAUUGGAAUCCUGGAUGUUUAUGGCUUUGAAAAGUUCGAUGUGAAUUUGUUUGAGCAAUUUUGUAUCAAUUAUGUUAACGAGAAGAUCCAACAAACCUUCAUUCAGAUGGUUUUCAAAUUGGAACAAGAGGAGUAUUUGCGAGAUAACAUUGGAUGGAGCUUCAUAAAAUAUCAGGACAAUAGAUUGUGCCUCGAACUUUUAGAGGGCGAAAAUGGAAUCAUCCAUGUUAUAGACCAAGAAAGCAAUAAUGAGGUGCCAAGAGAAAGGCCGUGGAUAAAUGCAGUGUUCGAGAGUACGCCGUCUAAGGAAUCAAAGCAUUUUGAAAGGCCGAAAUGCAACGACUCUACAGAUUUUAUUAUUCAUCAUUUUAUUGAUUAUGUGCAAUACGAUAGCAGAGAAUUUUUAGAGAAAAAUGAAGACAAAGUUUCACGAGAACAUAUUGCGUUUUUAAGAGACUCUAAUAAUGAAGUUCUACUUAUGUUGUUAUCAGAUGAUCUUUACAGAAAGAGUAUACCUAAUCGGAAAAAAAGACCAAGGAGUGAAUCUCGAGAGCCGUUAAGCGAAUACCCAACCAAUACAACGCUGAUAUCUGAGUUAAAAGAAUCUUUGAUCGACCUAACAAAGGAACUGCAAAACACAACUGCACACUACGUAAGAUGUAUCAAAAGUAACGACGAAAGAAAAUCGUACGAAUUCGAUGCAGUGUACGUAGCCCACCAGAUACGCAAGUACAAUGUUUUGGACGCAAUUCAGCUUUCAUCAAUGGGUUACUUUAGUCGACAAACCUACGCAAAUUUUUUCAAUCGCUACUAUUGUUUGUGUGAAUUUGAAGGGAUCCAGCGCGACGACCUGCAGGAAACGUGUCGAGUGAUCAUUUACAACCUCAUUGAGGAUUCAAAGACCGUGAAAUUCGGCGUAAAGUACAUUUUCUUGAAAGAAGAAAUUAUUAAUCAUCUCGAGAAUCUCCGUCGAGAGAAGCUGAAUCGAGCUUGUAUUAUAAUUCAGAAGGCGGUUCGCCGCAUUCUUCAGCAGAAACGCAACCAAGAAACCAGACGAGCUGUUUUGAGUCUGCAAACUCAGGUACGUAAUUACUUGAUCCGUCGUCGUCAGGCUCGGGGCGCAGCUGAAGAUCAUGCUCUGGUCAAGAAUGAGACCCGCACAAUGGACGAGAUAAGGGCAUCUGCUGCGACAGAAAUCCAGAGACUCUUCAGAGGAUUCCGGGCACGGCGCUUUUCUAAAAAGAGAGUGCGCGACAUUAUCACUAUACAAACUUGCAUCAGAAGAUUUCUCGCACAAGUUGCCGCAGACAAGUUGAGGGAGAACAGAAUUGGGCAGGUUCAUUUGUUGAAUGAAGGUUUAAAGGCGAAAAUCGGCGAGUUGCAGCGCGAUAUAAAUGCUUACAUGGAUAUGAAUUUGACGAAAGAACAGCUAGAUCAGGUGCAAAUGAUUGCUGGCGAUCAACAGUGCUUUCAAGCUAAAAAUCGACUUAUAAACGAAAUUAUUAUUAGAAGGAUUCAAAAUAUCAGGGAUGAGGGGAAAAAAGUGAAACCCGUGGAACUUCCUGUAAUAAGUGAGCAUCAGGAUCUUGAGGAUGUAAGAGCAAGACCCGCUGAUAUUCCUGUAAUGGAUGAGUUGCAGGAUCUUGGCGAGAUAAGAGCGAGAUCCGCUGACCGUCCUGCAAUAGAUAAUGAGGAUCUUGGCAAGAUGAUGUUGCGACCUGCUGAUCUUUGUGCAAUAAAUGAUGAGGAUUUUGAUAGGUUUGAAAUGAAAACCGUUAACCUUCCUAUAAUAGAUGAUCUGGAUCUCGAAGAGGAAGAGGAGAAAGCUGCUGAUCACCCUGUACUGAAUGAGCUGCAGGAUCUUGGGAAGGAUCUUGGUGCGGAAGAGGUAAACGCCAUUAAUCUUCCUGUAAUGAAUGAUCUGGAUCUUGGUGAGGAAGAGGAAAACUCCAUUAAUCUUCCUGUAAUGAAUGAGCUGGAUCUUGGCGAGGAAGAGGUGAACGCCUUUAAUCCUCCUGUAAUGAACGAAGUGCAGGUUACUUUGCAGUAUGAGAAUAGUAGAACAGUCAACGAAAACAGCUUAAGCGAGGUCUUCAAAUCGUUGUUGGCUACAGAAGAAGAUUUCUCGCUAUACCAGCCUCUAUUUCAAGCUUGUUUCAAUUUCGAUCAGCGCAUGGAAAAAUUGAUGGAAGCUUGUGGUAUUAACCGGCGCGAAGUCGAACGAGCAAGACCCGCCGGAAGAAAUGAUGGCCAAGGAUUUGUUCUCUCCCAAGGAAUGUUCCAAUUUGAGAUUGCAGAUAUUGAGUCACUGCUAACUCACCUAAUAGGACUGCCGACUUUAACAAUAACAAACGAGAAACCAGGCUUGCCAUCACGAAUUUUAUUCAUGUGUCUGCGCUACCUUGACUGUCAAAAUGACUUUAUUUCAGCAUCUUUGAUGUUGGAAAAGUAUGUAGAGGCAGUUGAGAGCUUAAUUCGACAGCGCGGCGAUUUGGAAACAUUCCUUGUCUGGCUCGUCAAUACUUACCAGCUCCUCAAUUACCUUAAGCAGUACGCGAGAGUACACAACAAUGUCAUCGACCAAUUCCAAAGUUUGAACACUAAUCAACAAACUGAGCAUUGUCUUGUGAAUCUUAACCUGGAAUCAUUUUGCGGGUCGCUACUCCAAUUGGCUGAGUCGCUCGCCCACAAAGCUGCGCAGCUUAUGAAAACGACGAUUUUUGAUUUAGCAGAACUAGGCAUACUCGAGUAUAAUCCGGCAUCCGUGAGCCACUCAGAGUAUUCUGAUUCGGAUGGAGAAAGAAGCGAUGAUUCUAGAACGGAAACAAAUGAACAGGAUGAAGAAGAAUUGGAAGAUGCGGUGGAGAUUGCAGAUCUUUCAGACGGUCAAGUACAACAAUUAAUUUAUCAAUCGAUUCAAGAGUUAGCGCAAAACCAACCUGUGCCAAUUCAAGAGCAAGAGCAAGCACAAGAACAGGAACAAAAUCUGCCUCAAGAGCAAGAGCAAGCAUUAGGGGACAAACAAGAACUGGCUCAGGAGCAAAAUCAAGUACAAGAACAAGUGCAAGAGCCGGCGCAAGAACAACACCAAGAACCACCUCAAGAGCUAGAGCCAGCGCAAGAACAAGAACCAAUAGAAGGUCAAGAACAAGCGCAAUUACUUGAAGAAGAAUACGAUCAGGAUUUCCUCAGGAUGAAAAGAAAUGCGUUGCUACAAAGACUGACGGAUUUCCAUCUAGCAAUGGAAACGAGUGGCCUGGACGCCAACAUGAGACAGCAAAUGUUUAAGAAGCUUUUUGAUUUCAUGAGCACAAUUCUAUUGAGCUACAUUCUUUCACAUCCACAACUUUGCAAUGUCUAUCGUGGUGCAGUGUCGAGAGUGAAUCUACGCGCUAUCGAAAGAUGGGCUCGCUAUUAUAAAUUAAAUGUAGCAACCAUAGCUCUUGGCCCAAUAAAGCAAGCGUUGCGGCUGCUUCAAAUGCAACCAAUGGAAGAUUAUGAUGUAUUUUGGAUCGACAAGUUGUACGAUAAAUUAAACAGUGAUCAGAUUCUGAGAAUUUUGAGUUGCUACAAACCAGCUUAUGCAGCAGAUCAGCAGAUAUCGCCGACUUUGAUGCAAAAAUUGAAAUUUAAACUGGAGAGGUGGGACGGACGGGACGAGACGGUAUUGAUAAAUUCAGAAGAAUACCCAGUAAUCUUUCCAUUUCGUCAUUGCUCUUUACCGUUGGAAGAAGUUGAGAUUCCAGCAACGUUUGAUCUUCCUAUGCUAAGAAAGAUUUAGAACGACAAGUUUUAUGUAUAAAUUAAUUUAAUAAUGAGAUUCCUGAACGAAUGAUUUUUAAGAAUGAAAUUACAAUAUAGAAAUGUUAUUUAUUUAUUUAUUGCAAUUUUCAGCCAGAAUUUUUGCAUGUAAUUGUAACAAGAAAUAAAAUCAUGAUUAUCGUAAUUCCUUAAA